AUGAAGCUGGAGAGGGAGAGGCAGCCCCGCAUCACGUGCACUAUGCCAAAUCGGGAUGACGUGGAUGACAACACAGCAUCACUAAUGGGAAUUGUGGCUGUGAUAACGAUCCCAGAAAAGUUGCAAAGCGCGCUGGACAAGGAGUUGGUACCGGUUAGAGUGUUCAAAACUUCAAGCCCACUCUCUCAGCACGGUUGCUUCUCCGCCUUGUCGCCCACGGGAGAAAUUCGGCGCGCGGUGGUCGGAAAUGUUCAAAUCCAUGAACAAAGUUCAGCGGUUGCUCAGAAAUUUGCAAAGGCAGCCGAGAAAUGGGGACCGUGCUGGGCAUGGUGCAUGAACUGUCGCAAGGUGCUCGGUGGCCCUCUUUUUCGAGUGAAAGUCUGGUACUCCGAAAGUCUAUGGGACAAUUCUCCAAAUCCCGCUGCGCUCGCAUCUCUCGCGUUACUCCAGGACUCUGGCUUGGAGGUGCUGGCCAGUGUGGUGCGAAUGUCGAUCACUGGGGUAGUCGGCUGCGGCUACUGUCGCUGUACCUUACAGCAUAGAGCAUGCAUUCGAUUCGUGGAAACUUUGCAACUCGGCCAUGCCUUUCGUACGGCGUACGCACCUGGGCAAGUUAUUUCCGUCGACGCUGAACAGACCCGUGGGCCGAAUGAUGAAGGUGGUCCCAUGGACCACAUGCCAAAUAGUCGCGCAGAUAGGAUUAUGAUGGCUGGUGAGUUUUGCGGAAGGUGGUGGGUUCUCAGUCUUGCCAAAGCGGCCGCGGUAGAACUUAAGGGGUUCUUUGACUUCAGAGCGAACCACAAGGGAUAUCACCAAAGGAGAGAUUGGAGACUGAAAGAUGAUCAGGCAUACCAUCGGGGAAGGGAGGUCACAGGUCGGCAGGCUCGGAUGGUCCCAGGGAAGACGACCUUCUGGAAAACAUUUGCCAAACGCUAUGCGGCCGGCGGAAGGCCUAAGACAUGGAAACGGCUCAGCUGA